GUUUUGACAGGUUGGAGAUAAUGAUAGAACAUUGUAACGUCCUGACCGUGUCACCCGCACGUUAGACGCUGGCUAAGGUAAAGUCGUGGCGUGAGCGCUCACGUGGCUGUAAAGAGGCAGCGGUGGUGUGGGGUGUCGGUGGCUGGGAAUGAGAAGUGUGCGGUCCCUGGAAGUGUGACAGAGCACGGAGCCCGGCCUCGUCAUGUGUGUCUGAGAGGGAGAGAGGACCGCUGUCUGCCGCCAUGGGACUCAUCUUCGCCAAGCUGUGGAACUUCUUCUGUAACCAAGAACACAAGGUGAUCAUUGUUGGACUUGAUAAUGCAGGAAAGACUACUAUACUUUAUCAGUUUUUAAUGAAUGAAGUGGUUCAUACGUCUCCAACUAUAGGAAGUAAUGUAGAGGAAAUAGUAGUGAAAAAUACCCACUUCUUGAUGUGGGACAUUGGAGGCCAAGAAUCCCUGCGAUCCUCCUGGAACACGUACUAUUCCAACACUGAGUUUAUUAUCCUGGUUGUGGACAGCACAGACCGAGAGCGGCUUUCUAUCACAAAAGAAGAACUCUACAGAAUGCUGGCUCAUGAGGAUUUACGGAAGGCUGCAGUUCUCAUCUUUGCAAACAAGCAGGAUAUGAAGGGGUGCAUGUCGGCAGCAGACAUUUCUAAAUACCUCACCCUUAGCUCCAUAAAAGAUCACCCAUGGCAUAUUCAGUCUUGCUGCGCCCUCACAGGAGAAGGCUUAUGUCAAGGCCUGGAGUGGAUGACUUGCCGAACAGGAGUGAGAUAACUUCUUACCAGCAUCAGGAGACUAUUUUAUUCUACGGACAAUUCUUUUCCUACACUACAUCAUCACCAUACUUUAUUUAUACAAAGUCCUAUUUGUCUGAACCACACUUGAAUCAAGUGAUGCUAAAACAGUAGAGUAUCUGAAAACUGUUUUGGAGACACCACAGACAACCUCACUAAAGAACAAUUUUCAUAUCG